CCACCGGAGGCUUGCUGGCGUUUAUCUGGAAAUGAACUCCAAAAGAAGAGCCAUGUAGUGCAACGUCUUGACAUUCAUCUUCCUGGUCACUACCGAAUGUCAGACAUUGUGAAUGUGCAAGAAGAUCUGGCGGAUACUGGCAUUAAGGGAUCCACAUUGGAGUCUUAUUUCAAAACCAAUGCUACCAAGAAGCAAAAAGAAGAAGCUAACCGCCUUGCUGGAAAAGAUGAAGAAAUUAUUUACCAUUUUUAUUGGCAGAUGCCCGAGCAUUUUAAAUGGAUAGGAAGGCAAAGUGAAUGGGUUGAGAGGCUUCGACAAAUCAAUGUUAUUGGUCGUAUCCACAGCGUUAAUUUUGUUGCCCAGCCAGAGUUAUACCAUCUCAGGAUGCUUUUGUACCACGUCAAUGACGCUACAAGUUUUGACGAACUUCUUAAAUUUAAUGGUAUCAGGCAUGCCACGUUCAAGCAAGCGUGUCUGGCUCGAGGGCUUGCCUAUGAUGACCAACAGUGGAUCGAUGGUCUGCAGGAAUCGGCUAUGUCAAAAACGCCUAGAGCCAUGAGAACACUAUUUACACAGAUUUUAAUAUUUGGAUCUCCAGAAAAUCCAAAAAGACUUUGGGAAAUGUUCAAAGCAGAUCUGGCUGAAGAUUUUCUUCUAGAAAUAGGACACACAGGUGGCCGAGUGGAAGACGCGAUAAAUCAUACCUAUCGAAUUAUCGCCUCCAAAUUAAAUACCGAAGCCACAGAAGGCAGAGAUUUUCAGUACUGGGUCAACACCUUUGGCAUGGACAACAUUGACUUUGUCAAUAACCAUUUAAAUGUGGAUAUGCUUAACAACGACAGCUCAAUACUGGAAGGGGAACGGUUGUAUGGACUCCUGAAAGGGAAACAGCUUGACAUAGUGAAUACCAUUCUCGAUGCUGUCACAAGUCAUAACUCUGGACCAAGAUGUUUUUUUAUUGAUGGACCUGGAGGUACUGGAAAAACGUUUGUGUACAAGACUAUUUAUCACAUUCUUCGGGGUCGAAAUUUCAAUGUGAAAUGUAUGGCAUUUACAGGAAUAGCAUCAAUUCUUUUGCCUAAUGGACGCACCUCACACAAAACAUUUGGCCUCAGUGUGCCCCUUACACCUGAAUCAGUUUCAAACAUAAAGCUAGGAUCAAUGAAAGCUGCUCAGUUAGCGGAAGUUGAUGUAUUUUUAAUGGAUGAGGCCCCAAUGCUGCCAAAAUACGGACUUUCUACCAUAGACCAGCUACUAAGAGCAAUCGGCAAUGCAAAAGAGCCUUUUGGAGGAAAAACAAUAGUUUUGGGGGGCGACUUCCGGCAAUGUCUUCCAAUUCAGCCACGAGCUAACAGAAGUGAGCUUUUAGACGUAUCCCUUAAAAAGAGUGACUUAUGGAGACAUUUUAAAAUAUCUCGAUUAACCAGAAAUAUGAGAGUUGAUGAAGAAGAGACGGAUUUUGCCGAGUUUCUUUUAAGGAUUGGAGACGGUGAAGUACCAUUGAAUGAUAUGGGUGAAAUAGCUCUGCCACAAGAUGUCAUCUCAAAAACCAACAUUAUUGACGAAGUUUAUGGGGAUUGUUUGGCAGAUAAAAGUUACGAAAACAUGAAAGACAGGGCAAUUUUGGCUCCCCUAAACAAAGAUGUCAAUUUAAUCAAUUGUGAGCUUAUAGACAGAUUACCUGGAGAGGAAAAAGUCUAUUUUAGCUUUGAUUCAAUCAAGGAUAUGUCAGAAGGUACACUUCAAUUUACCACAGAAUUUUUAAAUUCCAUAGACAUCGCUGAUCUGCCUCCACACAAACUAAAACUAAAAAAAACACAAUUAUCAUGCUACUUAGGAACUUGGAUGUUUCAGAAGGACUCUGUAAUGGGACGAGGCUCAUUGUCACUGAACUGUGUAACAACAUAAUUAUUGCUAAGAUUCUAACUGGCGAACAUUUUGGAAAGGCAGUUCAUAUUCCCAGAAUCACUCUAGAUUCCAGUAAGGGGAAACUUGGAUGCACAAUGCAGCGCCAUCAAUUUCCUGUGACCCCUGCUUUCGCCAUGACAGUCCACAAAUCACAAGGUCAAACAUUCCAGUUUGUUGGAGUUGAUCUCAGAGUCCCAGUCUUUAUGCAUGGUAUGCUGUAUGUGGCCUUUUCAAGAGUGAAACGACAAAGUUGUUUAAAAGUCCUUCUUCCCCGAGACAACGCAAAUUACACCCGGAACGUUGUGUGGAAGGAAGUGUUGAACUGAGAUAAAGGAGCCUGUUUGUACCGGAGAAUUGAUGUACUGGAUAGCAACUGGUAGUGGGAAGCAGAGAUGUGAGUCCUCAUUAGACAUUGCUAUGCUAGCACCGUGGCUUUGAACCAACGUUAGACUCUCUAUGACCAGCGUUUAUCUGACUCAAGGAAGAUUUGAUAAUGUACCUAAGGCGUGUCUAACUUCAAGAUCCACAGACCUAAUUGUUUAUGUUUUAUCUCUUUGGAUAUGACAUACUUUUAUUAUAAAACAAUAAUAAUCCACUCUAGCCCUACAAUUUAUGUCUGGGAGAAGUAGAGUUCUUUAGUGCUUGGAUAUGUUUACCAAAGAACAGUUUUAUUAGAUCAGAUAAAAAACAAAAAUAUGUGUUACAUUUCUACAAAAUCGAUGCAUUGAAACAAAUGGAGAUCAUAGAGAUCAAAAGUGAUCUAAUGAUAGUGAACAUUUGGUGAAACUUCUCAAAAUGUAUUUUGUUCAUGAAUCAAAUCUUUUUUGCACCAACAUUAUAUUUUUGUAUCAAUUUAUUUUUGUUCUCUAGGAAACUCUUGGGUAUUGUAGUAUUUGUUUAAUACUGCAGUUAAAUAUCCAUUUUUUUUCUAAUACCAUUAAAUUUAAGUAACUGAGUGUUAUGUACAAUUAAUAAAUUUAGAUAACCAAAUAUCAUGCAUGGUCAUUACAUUCAAGUAUCCAAGUUGUAUGUAUGGUCAUUACAUUUAUGUAACCAUGAAGUAUGUAUGGUCAUUACAAGUAUUAUCUAUUAUCAUUACAUUGAAGUAACCAAGUAUUAUGUAUUGUCAUUACAUUUAGGUAAAAAUGGUUUAUGUAUGAUUAUUACAUUUAUUAUAUGUUCUUUUUAAUAAUGCUAUGUAUCUCUUUGUGCCAUUAGUUCUUUUGCCUUCUUAGCCACAAAAAAAUGUUAUUUAUGAUAUUUGUUUGAAAGGCAUUGAUCAUACAUUGAUUGAUUUUUAUUAAGUAAGGGGAAUGAGAUAAAAGUCAAGCAAUCCAGUAGAUUGCUAGCAUUUCUAAGUAAAGUAAAGAAUUUUUUUUAAAAUAUAGAUAAACAAAAUUCUUUAGCUGUGCAAGUUCAGUUCUUUUUCUAGGCUUAUAUUCACUAUUACUAAAGGGCUAAAUUCUAAACAUUGUAUAAAGUAGUCAAAUGUGUGAGUAAUAUCAUUAGGACUUUUACACUAAUGUUUAAUGUAAUUGUACUUUAUAAAUUGAUGACUACAUAGCUCACAUUAUAUCUUGUUAGUGUGUCUGUCUCACAAUGAGAUGAAUGUGUGUAAGCAAGUUUCUAUACAAGUUUAUGUCUUGAAGUGAAAGUAAAAUGGUUGAAAUAAAAAUAUUCUAUUAAUAUUUAUAUUCAAUAUAUUAAACGUUCCUCAAUGAAUUAAAAUCAUUUAAGCUUUUAUACUAUACAAUUGCUCUUUUUUUUUUAUUUUGGUUACAUCUAAUGUUAUUUUUUUUUAAUUCUUCUUUAGUAACUAAAGGUUUUCACAUUAUAACUGCCAUUUGUUGUUUGUUUUUGGUUACACCUAAUGCCAUUUGAGAAAGAUUGUCUUUUAAUAUUAUUCAACAAAUAAUGGUGACCAAAAAGCUUCUUUUAAUUGAAGUUAGAAUUAUUUAAUUUCAUUUUCCUUUUAUUGCCAUC